AUAUUCUCCGCAAUCUCUUCCUCUUCUCCCCAAAUACUCAUUUACUCUCUCUCUCUCCCUCUCUCCCUCUCUCUUUCUGUCCUUAACACAGCCUUUCUAGCACUUUCACCACCGUCAUCAUUACUGAGAGGAGAAGCUCAAGUAGUCACCAUGGUGCUGUUAAUGGUUCUUCUCAGGCUUCUAGCUACCUCAUGUCAUAGAGCUGCAAGAAAGAUGAGAACUUAUGGCUUUCACAUAAGCAGUAUUGUGUCAGUUAAGCCAUCACAUUGUUCUCAGUCUUUCCCUAGUAUUACCAAAUGUAGUUUGGAGGGUAGAAAAUCCCAAACGCUAGCCUGUGACAUUCACAGAGUUCUGUUGAGGUCCCACUCUUUCUUCCCCUUCUUCAUGCUCGUUGCCUUUGAAGGUGGAAGCAUUUUCAGAGCCCUCUUCCUGCUUCUGUCAUGUCCUAUAUUAUUGGUUCUAGACUAUGAACUCAAGCUAAAGGUCAUUAUCUUUAUAACCUUUUUUGGGCUCAGGAUAAAGGACAUGGAAAACACUUGCAGGGCAGUUUUACCUAAGUUUUAUCUGGAGAAUCUGAGCCUUGAGGCAUGUGAGGUGUUGAGUUCAGUAGGGUUUAGGGUUGUGUUUACCAGUGUGCCUAGAGUCAUGGUGGAGCGUUUUCUGAAGGAGUAUUUGAGUGUUGAUGAGGUUAUAGGAACAGAGUUGCAGAGUUCUGGAGGUUACUUUACGGGUUUGGUUUCUGAGUCUGGUUUGGUUGUGAAGCAUGGAGCUCUUAAGCAGUACUUUGGAGACAGAAAGCCUGACAUUGGACUUGGAAGUAGUCACAGUGUUCAUGAUCAUCUCUUCAUCUCUCAUUGCAAGGAAGCUUAUGUGGUGAAAAAAAAUGAAGGUUCGGUGAUGCCAAGAGAAAAAUAUCCAAAGCCAUUGAUUUUCCAUGAUGGUAGGCUUGCAUUUCUACCAACCCCAUCAGCAACACUCUUCAUGUUCAUGUGGCUUCCCAUUGGAAUAAUCUUAGCCAUUUACAGGAUCCUUCUAGGAAUCAUUCUACCCUACAAAUUAGCCCUAGUUCUUGGCAGUUUCAGUGGUGUUCACAUCAAUUUCAAGGCUCAUUAUAACUCCAAAAAGUCCCACAAAUCCAAAGGGGUCCUAUAUGUGUGUACCCACAGGACCCUCUUAGAUCCUGUAUUUCUCAGCACAUGUUUGCGUAAGCCAUUAACAGCAGUCACAUACAGCUUAAGCAGAGCCUCUGAGAUUAUAGCUCCAAUAAGGACGGUGAGACUCACAAGGGACAGAAAGAAAGAUGGGGAAGCCAUGGAAAUUCUUCUAAAAGAAGGUGAUUUGGUGGUUUGCCCUGAAGGAACAACUUGCAGAGAGCCAUAUCUGUUGAGAUUUAGCUCGUUGUUUGCUGAAUUGGCUGAUGAGAUUGUUCCUGUGGCCAUUAAUGCGAAAGUGAGCAUGUUCUAUGGGACCACAGCUAGUGGGCUUAAAUGUUUGGAUCCAAUUUUCUUUUUGAUGAAUCCUAGGCCGAAAUAUUUCAUUGAAAUUCUUGAGAAAGUGCCCAGAAAUCUCACAUGUAGUGGUGGAAGAUCCAGCUUUGAGGUGGCUAAUUAUAUACAGAGAAGGUUGGCAGAUGCUUUGGGAUUUGAGUGUACUAAUCUUACAAGGAAGGAUAAGUAUUUGAUGCUUGCAGGGAAUGAAGGGAUUGUUCAACAAAACAUGAGCAAAGAGUGA